AUGGCUCGGACCAGGGACUCGCGCUCACCAUCGCCUGCAGGAAGCCAAUACAACGCGAGACGCCACCGCAAAGACGAUCAUAGGCGCGAUCGGGAUCGCCGCGAUGACGGCAGAGACUACCGUCGUCGCUCGCGGUCCAGGAGCCCUGGCGAUGUGAGAAGACACCACUACUAUGGGAGACGCGAUGGGGAGCAUUCUGACAAGUUCAACGAGCAGCGCCGAUACCGAGAUCGCGACCGUGAUCGCGACUCCUACCGCCGCAGGGACCGCUCCAUAGACCGACGAGACGAUGAUUCAUAUCGAGGAAGCCGACGAGACAACGACCGCCACAGAGACCGGAGGAGGUCGCGUGACCGUUACGCUGACCGAGACCGGUCGCUUGACAGACGGCGGCAUCGUGACAACGACAGAGACCAUCGCCCCCGGCGGGACGAUUCUCGGGACAGGGUGCGCGCCAGGCGCGAGGGAACGGCUGAUUCCCAUCCCCGUAGCAGGCGCGAUGACAGCCGUCCGCGCGCUGCGGCACCUUCAGAUAGCACGCCAACUCCCGGUAAUGAGGCUGCUAAGCCCAAGCCUACCCCAGCACAGACUGAAGCUGACAAGAAGGCUGAGCGACUCGCCAGACUUGAGGCGUGGAAGAAGAGCAGGGAGAACAAGGCGAGCAAAGAGAAUGAGGUUAAUCCAAGUCAGACUAGGAAUCUCCUUGCUGAGAUGGACAAGAAGUCCGUGCCUUCACCGGCCGCUGCUUCGCCCACCGUUGCGUCGCCCGCCGUGGCCUCACCCGCUGUCGCGUCUCCUGGAGCCGCAUCGCCAGCUCCGACACAGGCGACAUCUGGAGCCGCAUCGCCGGCUGUGCCUUACUCAGGCAAAUUUGACCCAAAGGCGAUUGCCAAAAAGUCUGCGGCGUCACUCAAGCAAUCCAACUCGAAUGGUGUUCUGGGCUUGCUUGACGGCCGUCCCGAAAAGAGUACUGCUGCUGUUGCGCAGACCACCAAAGCUUCCGCAUUGCCCGCCAAUCGAGGAAACCUGAGCGCCUUCGGCUUCCACAAGCAGGCCGACAGCGACAAGCUGCCCAGCAAACGCAAGCUGGACCUCGACGAAGAGGAGGGAACGAAGAGGAAACUUACGAAGUUGCCCGCCCUUCCCCUCGAGGCUGAUGACACCCCCUAUGCUGAUCAAGAUGAGGACGAUGAGUCUGACGGCGGCAACUUUGCCGAGACUGAGGAAGAGGCUAUUGCGGCCGCUCGCGCAGCACACGAACGGCGAGAGAAGGAAAUGCAAGAAGCAAAAGACGAGGAAAAGCCCGACGUCACAAUGGAUGACGCGGCUCCGGCUCAGACGAACGGCGCUACCGAAGAAUCCUCAGCGGACAAGAUGGAUGUCGAAGAGGAAGACGAGGUUGAUCCCUUGGAUGCCUUCAUGGCCGACUUGGACACCAAGCCCAAACCUGCUGCUCCCAAGGCAAGUACAUCAUCGAAGAAGGUCCAAGAACCCGAGGCGUACUUCAGUGACGAUGACUACGCCUUCAAGGCAGAAGACAAAGAUGCGAAUGCAAUCCUCGCCAUGGCAGCCAAGCGCAAGAAGAAGGAUAUUCCCACCAUCGAUUACAGCAAGCUCGAUCUGCAGCCAAUUCGCAAGAACUUCUGGGUUGAACCAGCAGAGCUUGCAGCCUUGACCGAAGCUGAGGCCAACGACCUACGUCUGGAACUCGAUGGCAUCAAGGUUUCCGGGAAAGAUGUCCCCAGGCCUGUCCAGAAAUGGGCUCAAUGUGGUCUCACACGGCAAACACUGGAUGUCGUCGCCGACUUGGGAUACGAAAAGCCUACGUCCAUUCAAAUGCAGGCGUUGCCCGUCAUCAUGUCCGGCCGCGAUGUGGUCGGCGUAGCCAAGACCGGAUCCGGUAAAACGGUUGCUUUCCUCCUGCCCAUGUUCCGUCACAUUAUGGACCAGCCUCCCAUCAAGGACACCGAUGGUCCCAUCGGCCUCAUCAUGACCCCCACCCGCGAGUUGGCGGUUCAGAUUCACCGUGACUGUAAGCCUUUCCUCAAGGCCAUGGGUUUGCGGGCUGUCUGCGCUUACGGCGGAGCGCCUAUCAGAGAUCAAAUUGCCGAGCUCAAGCGAGGAGCCGAGAUCGUUGUCUGUACGCCUGGCCGCAUGAUUGAUCUGCUGGCAGCCAACCAAGGCCGUGUCACCAACCUGCGCCGCGUCUCAUACGUCGUCCUUGAUGAAGCGGAUCGAAUGUUUGACAUGGGUUUCGAGCCUCAAGUCAUGAAGAUCUUUGCCAACAUGCGACCUGACCGCCAGACCAUCUUGUUCUCGGCGACGAUGCCUCGCAUCAUUGACUCCCUUACCAAGAAGGUGCUGAAGUCUCCAGUAGAGAUCACCGUCGGUGGCCGCAGCGUCGUAGCGCCAGACAUUACGCAAAAGGUCGAGGUCAUCCCUGAAGACGCCAAAUUCGUCCACCUCCUAGGACUUCUUGGUGAGCUUUACGACGAGGACGAGGACGCCCGUACUCUCAUCUUUGUCGAACGUCAAGAGAAGGCAGACGACUUGCUCAAGGAGCUCAUGGUGAAGGGUUACCCAUGCAUGUCCAUCCACGGCGGCAAAGACCAGAUUGAUCGAGACUCUACGAUUGCUGAUUUCAAAAAGGGCAUUGUCCCUAUCCUUAUUGCCACCUCCGUUGCCGCCAGAGGUCUAGACGUCAAACAGUUGAAGCUGGUUGUCAAUUAUGAUGCCCCUAACCAUCUGGAAGAUUAUGUCCACCGCGCCGGUCGAACCGGAAGAGCCGGUAACAAGGGUACUGCUGUGACUUUCAUUACUGAAGAGCAAGAGAACUGCGCUCCUGGUAUUGCCAAAGCUUUGGAGCAGAGCGGUCAACCUAUACCUGACCGUCUGAACGAGAUGCGCAAGGCCCACAAGGACAAGGUCAAGGCUGGCAAAGCCAAGGACACUUCUGGUUUUGGUGGAAAGGGUCUGGAUCGUCUCGAUGCCGAGCGUGAAGCUGCCCGUCUUCGCGAGCGCAAGACCCACAAGGCCGAGGGCGAGGAAGACGACGUGAAGGAAGAGAAGACAGAGGAAGACAAGGGCAAGGAUGCCGCGUCUGCCAUUAAGUCAGCCGUCUCCGCGAUUGUAUCACGCAACGCCAACAAGCCUGAGGGAGAAGCCAAGCCCAAGGACGCGCCGGCCGCCGCGGGUGCCCCUGGUGGCAAGAAGCCUCUGGACGCUGUUAGUGCCGCGAUCAGUGCUAUCAACGAGCGCCUUGGCAAGGCUGGCCAGCUACGUUCCGGACAGCCCAUUGACAACAAGGGACCUGAUGCCGGUGCUUACCACGCCACGCUGGAGAUCAACGACUUCCCGCAGAAGGCCAGAUGGGCCGUCACAAACAGAACCAACGUGGCCAAGAUUCUGGAGGCGACUGGCGUGUCAAUCACCACGAAGGGAACUUUCUAUCCGGCAGGCAAGGAAGUUCCUCCUGGAGCAGACCCCAAGCUGUACAUCCUUGUUGAGGGUGACACUGAGGUCGUAGUGGGAGCUGCUAUUACAGAGCUCACUCGUCUCUUGAGCGAAGGUACAGUGGCCGCUGCCACGGCGGACAGCCGCGCGCCCGCCUCUGGACGUUACAACGUCGUUUAG